AUGGAAACAGAGGCCGAUGGUCACAUGGAAGUGGCGAGGGCCCCUCCACCAGUGGCUAUGGAUACAACGACAUGUCCAACCAACACUUUGCUGGUCGAUGACAUGUCUCAUCCUCCUCAUCAUCAUGAUCACGUAACGAAUGUCAUACAACAACAAAAGAUGCCCUAUACACAGGAACAGCUUCCUCCACCAUCAGUCGAUGAUCAUCACGAACCGCAACCAGAAGAAGAAGAACCCACCACAACAACUUACAACCCCGAACAACUCUCUCCCGAAAUGAGAGGUCCUGCCCACAAGAAGCGAAAGCUCUGCCGAUUCCCUGGCUGCGAUCGUGUCGUCAAGAGUCAAGGACAUUGCCAACGGCACGGUGCACGAGCCAAACGAUGCAAAGUAGAAGGCUGCGAGAAGCAAGCACAGGGAACACACGAUGGAAUGUGCAAACGACAUUGGAAAGCAGCCAAUUUUCCAGAAGAAGAAUCCAAGAAAGCUGCCCCGCCACCUCCGGAACCAGAGGGUGAUUCUGUAUAUGAUCACAUUCUUCCCAUGAGUAUUUCCUAUCGACCAUUGGCGAACAAAUCAGGAGAUGAAGUUGAUGCGCAUCUCAUGUCUCCUUCUUCCACUAAAGAAAUGCUCGAUCCUCCAGCCGCACCAGAUGGAUUCCAGGUCAUGCCUUUGAUUCAACAUCUAAAAGACGGGAUCCUGCAAGGAAAACAGGCUGGGUGGCAUCGUAAUGAAGAGCGGCGAGCACGAGGGAUUCUCCCGGUCAAAGGAUUGUCUGUGCAACUGGAACCAUGGGAGAGACAACUGGCUUUGGUGGAGAUUUUGUUGCUUAGUGGCGGGACUCCCUACGCAAAUUUCAAGGAAUUAUCAUUUGCAUGGGGCCGUGAAAAGGGAUUUCACCAUGUUCUGGCAAACAGUGUCUGCGAGCGACGAGGGGAGGUAGAACGCAAGAAACGGUCCGAUGCGGGAAAGUCCAUGACCGAGGAAGAGAGGCAAGCCUUCAAGACAAAGCUACAGCAUGCACGCGACAAAAAUGGAACAAGCAGAAAGGCAAAGCAGGAGGGCAAGCUGGAAGAAGCAGCACGUAGUACAGCAAACAUUAUGAUGGCCUCUGUAGAGGAUGAUCUUUCCAAUCAACAGCACCAGGCAGCGCCUCAAACUGGGAUCGCAGAUGUGGUCACGAACACUGUAAGACCCACUAACAACAAUGGAGAGAAUAGUUUGGUGGUGGAUCACACGGUGGUGGAAGCAGCCAAGGCAAUGCCAACAAUUCGCUUGGAUUGCGGUGUCCCGCUACCGCAAAUGCAUGAAAUGGAUGGUACCAUGCCAGCUCCGCCUCUCCCAGGUCGCCCUCCUGGUGAUGUGGGGGAGCUUCCGGAAGAACACGCGACCAAUAUGCAACAACAACAUAGUGACACAACACACCAUGCAAAUAAUGUAGCUCCAGAGACGGUGCAGCAACAACCUGACGCUUAUGGAACUGGCGAGGAGCAGAAAGACGACACUGACAUUGGACCUGCGGCAUUGGCAGUUGAUGUAGUGCUGGUUUAA